AUGGCAUCCAGCAGCUCCUGGCUGGACAUUGACGAAGCCAGCGAAUUCUCCCUAGCGAAUCUGCCAUUCGGCAUUGUCUCACGAGCUGGAUGUUGGGAAGAGCCGAGACCUGCCAUCGCCUUAGGGACUUAUGUCGUUUCCCUUCGAGACUUAGCGGAACGGAAUGGCUUCGCUGAGUGCCCGGAUGCCAUUCCUCACUUGGCUGUAUUCACCGCCGGUUCACUGAAUAACAUGGCAGCGAUCGGUCGUCCGUUCUCUCAAACGCUUCGGACCUACAUCCGGGAUCUGCUGGUCACGGACACGCCAUAUCCGCAUCUGUUGCGUGACAAUCAUGAGCUCCGAUCGAGCGCGAUCCAGCCGCGUAAAGAGUGCCAGAUGCAUAUGCCAAUGGAAAUCGGAGACUACACAGACUUCUACGUGGGACUGAACCAUGCGUACAACGUCGGGGUGCUGUUUCGCGGACCGCAGAAUGCCCUGCAACCAAACUACACACAUCUUCCUGUCGGCUACCAUGGGAGAGCAUCAACGGUGCGUAUCUCUGGAGCGCCUGUGCGACGUCCGCGAGGCCAGAUCCUGCCGAUGCCGGGAGCCACCGAGCCAAUCUUUGCUGCGAGCCGGAAGUUGGAUGUUGAGUUGGAACUUGCGGCAUUUGUAUGCAGAACGAAUGGGACUGAUGGCAGGCCAAUUCCGAUUGCCGAAGCAGAGCAGUACAUUUUCGGCUUCGUCUUGAUGAAUGACUGGUCUGCACGAGACAUCCAGGCAUUCGAAUACGUUCCUUUAGGUCCGUUCAACUCGAAGAACUUCUGCACGACAAUAUCUCCGUGGGUUGUCACGGUGGAUGCUCUUGAGCCAUUCCGCUGCGACAGCCGGAUCGAUGCAGCCAGGACCCAGAAGUUACUCCCGUAUCUCGACGAGCGGAGGGCGACGGGCCGACGGUCGUUCUAUGACAUUCGGCUCGAAAUGGUUCUCACGCCGGCGCAGCAAGGCAAUUCAGGACUACGUAAAGCUCAUGUUGUCACUAACACGAACGCGGCGAACUUGCUGUUCUCUUUCCCGCAGAUGCUCGCUCAUCAUAGUGUCGGAGGAUGUGAGAUGAGGGUGGGCGACUUGCUCGGCAGUGGCACUAUCUCUGGGCCGGACACUGGGUCCAUGGGUAGCCUAUUGGAAAUAACUGAAAAUGGCAAAACGCCCUUGACGCUUGGGGAGGGGAUAAGUAGAUGCUUCCUCGAGGAUGGGGAUGAAGUCAACAUCAAAGGAGUUGCGGGACAGCUGGGGGCCUAUGUUGGGUUCGGAGAUUGCAGCGGUAUUAUUUUAGCGGCCAACAAUGAGUAG